UCGUGUGGUUCGACGCAAUUACUCGGCGUAUGAGCACAGCCCACAGCCGAGCGGUCAGUCGACGCGCCGCACUCCAGCGGGUAACGUGUCUACAUACAACUCUAUAUAUAGGACACUUGCUAAACAAAGAAAGUAAAAUGAUUUAUUCAAGUGUAACGUGUUUGCUGCUCUGCGCAUUCGCCGUAACGGCCGAUUCCCCGGAACCGCUCAGCGACGACUUUAUCAAUCUAAUAAAUUCAAAACAGAAUACAUGGAAAGCCGGUCGAAACUUCCCCUUGGAUACGCCUUUUAAGCAUAUCAAGAAACUAAUGGGUGCGUUGAAAGAUGAUCGCUUCACCACACUCGUUACAAUGCAGCACGAGGUUGAUUUAAUAGCGAGUCUGCCGGAGAACUUCGAUCCGAGAGACAAAUGGCCCAAUUGCCCGACAUUAAACGAAGUUAGAGAUCAGGGGUCGUGCGGAAGCUGCUGGGCAUUCGGUGCUGUCGAAGCGAUGACCGAUCGCGUCUGCACCUACUCGAACGGUACGAAACAUUUCCACUUCUCCGCCGAGGACCUGCUUAGUUGCUGUCCUAUUUGCGGACUCGGUUGUAACGGGGGCAUGCCGACACUCGCUUGGGAGUACUGGAAGCAUUUCGGUCUAGUUUCCGGCGGCAGCUAUAACUCCAGCCAGGGCUGCAGGCCGUACGAGAUUCCUCCGUGCGAGCACCACGUACCAGGUAACAGGCUGCCGUGUAGCGGUGACACUAAGACUCCUAAAUGUGUCAAGGAUUGCGAAGCCGGUUACAAAGUGACUUACAAACAGGACAAGCACUACGGCAAGCACGUGUACUCGGUGAGGGGUGGCGAGGAUCACAUUAAAGCGGAGCUGUACAAGAACGGACCCGUGGAAGGCGCUUUCACAGUAUACGCGGACCUGCUGUCGUACAAGAGCGGUGUAUAUCAACACGUCGCCGGUGAUGCCCUCGGCGGACACGCGAUCAAGAUAAUGGGUUGGGGAGUUGAAAACGGCAAAAAAUAUUGGCUUAUCGCAAAUUCUUGGAACAGCGACUGGGGUGACAACGGCUUCUUCAAAAUCCUCAGAGGCGAAGACCACUGUGGCAUAGAAAGCUCCAUUGUUGCCGGCGAACCUUUGUUUGAUUAACUCAUGAUUUAAGCAUAAACAAUGUUAUGUCAGUCAUUGAAGUUUAAUAAAUUUGUGGUCUUUA